AUGAGCAAUUUGGUUGCAGUCAACAACGACCUGGCGAAGGAAGUUGAAGAUCUUCGGGUGAAGAUGAGCAAUAUGGUUGCAGUCAACAACGACCUGGCGAAGGAAAAUGAAGAUCUUCGGGUGAAGAUGAGAAAUAUGGUUGCAGUCAACAACGACCUGGCGAAGGAAAAUGAAGAUCUUCGGGUGAAGUUGAGUAAUGUCGUGGCGGACAUAACAGAGCUGCGGGAAAAGGUUGACUCCAUUGCCGCGGAUCAGGGCGCCAUAAAAGAGGUCUUGACCGAGGCUGCAGACCAAAGACAGGCGCCCGAAACACCUUUUCCGCUAAAAUCUCCUGCGGAGAUGCGGCAUUUGGAGUCAACCAUUACUCCAGAUAACCAAAGAUCCCAUGUCACUGAAAUGUCGCGUAUUUUGGGUCAAGCACAUCUAAGAAGGUCCAUACGAAAGGUGUUCUCCGAUGAGAUGAUUGAUGCGCACAAUAUGGACGGGACACGUGGCAAGUCCAGGUUGCGAAAUUACCCAAGAAUUAUGGAAUGUUUACUGGAAGCGGUCCAGUUAAACUGUAAUGGCGGGCGGGCAAUAGAUGAACUGCGAGGAGCUUGGCAUUCAGCCAAGAAUGCUAUUAUACAGACGCGGAAUAGGCAUAGAAGAUAA